AUGAGUGGAUCAUUAAGAGGUGGUGGUGGUGAUGAAGAUGGAGUUGGUGGUUGUGGUAGUGGUGGUGGUGGGGAUGACGAUUGUGGAGGUGGUGGUGGUGGUGGCAGUGGCAGUGGCAGCAUAGAGGUGGUGAUGGUGUUGGUUGUGGAGGUGGUGGUGGAUGUGGAUGUAGAGGUUUUGAAAGAGGUGGUGGUGGUGGUUGUGGAGGUAGUGAAUGUGGUGGUGCAAGUGGUGGAGUUGGAUGUGGAAGUGGAGGUGAGCCUGCUUUUAAAAGCUGCUGUCAAAAGACCACUGCUUUUAAAAUAA